GUUGGAAAUGUUACCAGAAAUUCGAAAAUGAAACUAAAGAUAGGCUCACGCUUGAAACAGCUAUUUGGGUUUUAAAAUAAACUCAUCAUUUUUAAGUAGGGGCCUAUAUUUUGGAAAACCAAAACCCCAGGAGUUGUAAUGUCCAGUUCUAUUGAAUUUCUCUGGGCUGUUUGUCGAUUAUAGAGUAAGUCUACAAAGGUUGGCAUCGACUAUGGAGACUGCUAGAACAGCAAACAGAUUACGACUACUCUCCUACAACCUUGAUGGAUUGGAUCCAGAAGAUCUAAUGACUAGAGCUGAGGGAGCUUGCAACGUUUUGUUACAUGAAAACCCAGAAGUAAUUUUCCUACAAGAAGUGGUCACUGACAGCCUGCCCAUCAUAAGAGCUCGCUGUAUGCCAGACUAUGACAUUUUUUUAGGCUUGGAAGGGAAGAGGCGUGGACCACGGUCCUACUUCACUGCCACGUUAGUCAGAAAAGAUUGCUCGUUGGUGGAGCGUGCUAACAUCCUCCCCUUCCCAACUAGUAACAUGUCUCGAACUCUCUUGGAAGUUCAGUGUCAGAUCAAAUCCGUGCCUGUGACAUUGUUGAACAGCCAUCUUGAGAGUAUCAAACAAUGUUCAGGUGAACGAAGGAAUCAACUUAGCCAAGCAUUUGCAAGGAUGAGGUCUGCAGACAAAACUAGAGUUGUCUUGUUUGGUGGGGACUUAAAUUUAAGAGAUUCAGAGCUGACCGAUUUCUCUGCCGUACCAGCAAAUGUCGUGGACAUAUGGGAGUACACAGGUAAAAAACCACAAACUGAAUUUACCUGGAAUUUAAGAAGUAACGACAACAGACAGUUCGAUAGCCCCAUUCAGCCGCAAUUCCGCUUCGACCGCAUCUACAUGAGGAACAGCGACCCUCCUCUCUUGAACCCAGUGAAUUUUGAACUGAAAGGCAUUUGGAGACUAGAAUCCUGUGAAAGAUUUCCAAGUGAUCACUGGGGUAUCCUCUGCCAUUUUGAUAUUCUUAGUCCGGGAUCUGUAAACUGUUGUACAUAAAAUAUCUUUAGUAUUUACAAGUACUUUUACUUUGUUUUAGAAUCUGACAGUUUUUUUUUUUUAUAUUGUCCCUACACGUUGUCGUAGCUCUAGAGCCCAUUGCUGAAGUAAACAGAACGAUACAUUGAUUUGAGUUUGUGUGUAGAAUAGAUUCUGUCCCUGGAUACCGAGGCGUCCCAGUGGAAAAGCAUGACUGACUAUAUUCUACAAGCAACAUAAAUAAGUGACAUGAAAAAAUUGGAGAAAGCGAUAUAGAGAAAUUUGUGGCGCUAUAAGGGAGCCCAAAGAAAAACGUAAGAAAAAUGAAUAGUGAAAGAAAGAAAGAAAAUGUCAAGGACGCUAAACUAGAAGAUCACUGUUGCCAUCUCAAGAAUAGGACUGGUCAUAUCAACUUCAUUUGGUUUUAAUUAAGCUUUUAGAUGCUCCAUUGUUGUAGAGAGAACCUGAACCAAAGCUUCCUCCUACUAUUUCGCUGUACCAAAGCAAGAGCUUAGAACUUUGAUUAACAGGGCUGGAUCGCUUGGCUAAAAUGUGCACUAGAAUUAUCUUAUGGCAGUUAAAAUACAAAGAUUAUCAACAUUUAUAUUAUUCUGUACACAAUGUCUGUACGCCAUAAAUUGACAUCUUAACUAAUGAUGUUAUAUUUUUGUGUAGUAAUAAAGUGUUGUGUAAGUGUAAUAGUACAUAGUCUUGUUUAUGUAUUAAUUAUAAUGUAUACUUGCAACAAUAAUGAUGUAUAUAAUAAGUAGAUUCUAGUUACAUAUUGUUAUUGAGACCCAGAUAAUUACUCUAGAAAACCAUAUAUUGUUUAUUCAAUUGUAACUCUAGGAAUAGUAUCUUUUUGAAGUUGUCUAGCAUUAAAUUCAUUGCUCGUGUAUCCGGCGUUACAAAUAAAGACUUUAUGAGAUGAGAAGUAAAUCUAUGCUGUAAUACAUAAAUCUAGUGCGUAGUUUGUCCUCAAUGUUAAUAUUUUUUAGGUUUUCCUUUUUCGUUGUAUACGAGCAUUUGGGGGGGGGGGUAUAACAAAAGAAGUGUACUGGACUGUUCCAAAAUUAAAUUAUUAUCUUUCUUUAUACAAAUUAAAAGCUUUGCUUUUAUGGAGGUAGUGACUUUCUUUAUAGACUCAGAAUGUUUCUAUUGACGUUGAAUCCGAAUACAGCAAGAGUUUGCUAUUAUGGAUUUAUUCCAAAGCUGCAUCAUUCUAUGCACAUUUCUCUCAGUUAAAUACUUUCAUGACUUUGAUGUAUAAUCGUGGAAUAUACAGCAGCUGAUAUGAACAAACUAGGAAUUAAAUAUUUAAAUUAUUUAUUUUGGUGUUAAAAGAUUUUGUUAAAAUUUAUGGAGAACAUUUGCGCCGAGGGUUAUCGAGAUCGAAUCCUGAUGAAUAGAGGAUUUGCAGCAUCGUUGUUGUUUUUUGGGACGCCCCUGUCCACCCAACUCUAAUGGGUACUGAAUGUACGCCAACUGUCGACAAUAGAAACAGAUUAGCUGCCCCAAUAGUUCGCAGUGACUAAAAAGGUAUAUUUACUAAUAUGUCACAUUUAGAGUUAAUCAUAUAUCAAGCAUCCCAUUGAUCACUCGUUUUACCAGUCAACUGCCAAUCUUUGAUUUCUCUCUCUCUCUCUCUCUUUCUCUCUCUCUCUCUCUCUCUCUCUCUCUCUCUCCCUCUCUCUCUUUCUCUCUGACAGUUAAGAAACACUACUUUAAACAUGAAUGAUAAGUUAUUAUAUGUAACUUUUUUUAAAAUUAGAGUAAACAUUUGAAGUACAUUUGUACAACUAGAUCCAAAUAACAUUUUAUCUUACAGCUUAUGAAAUCAAGCCGACAUUUUCCAAAACUUUACAAUUCUCUACAUACAAAACUUGUUUAUCUCUAGUUAUUAACAGUAGACCUACUUAUUGAAAAAUUACAGAUCUGUGAAAAAUUAAAAAUAUAAUAUUUGAAAGGAAA